GUGUGGCUACUGGUUAUUAAAGAAAAAAUGGCGACUUCUUCCAAAGCUCGUUCACAGCCUUCCCUUCCCUCGGCAGAGUAUAUACUCUCUCCUUCAGGUCGUAGUGAUAUAAUGAGGCCCACACUCAUCAAGUACGGGGACAGAAUAUUCAGAAAAACGACUGGUCGCUCUGUUCCCAUUCCUCCUUCAGGAGCACCCUCACGUCAGUGGCCUCUAGAAGAAGAUGAAAUGGAGGAAGACGAGCCUAAAUGCUCAGCAGAAAAAGAAGAAGAGGAAAGAGAGCUUGUUGGUUCUAGGAAGUUACGCAGUGGAGAGUAUGAGCUCUGUCUCCCUACUCCGCCUGUUUUCUUUAAGUAUAUAAUUGGACGAGAGGGUAAUACAAGACGUGGGAUUGAAAGGGACACAAAGUGUAAACUUGUCAUACCAAGGCAAGGUCAAUCGGGGCCUCUGGUACUCAUAGCUCCUAAUAAAAGGUCUCUUAUAUCAGCGAAACAAAGGAUUGAUGUCAUAGUUUGGUCUAAUAGAGGCAAAGAGGGUAUCACUCAUUUCUUAUGUAUUGAUCUCAAUUCAAGUGAUAUAAUGACUAAAUUUGAAGAUUUCAUGAAAGAAGUUAAAGCAUUGGUACCAUCUAUCGACGAAGAGCUCUUUCAGAAACCAAUCAAGCUUCACAUAACCUUGCCUGUAUUCUAUCUAUUCACCAAAGAAGAAGAGACAAUGGCUGUGCAAGAGAUACAUAAGAUCCUACCUAAGGCAAUCGAUAAGCUUGGGACAUCACCAGUCACUAUAUCUCUGCAAGGUUUAGAGUGCAUGAAUGAUGAUUACUCAUCAGUUAAUGUCCUGUAUGCUAAAGUGAAGCUAACUGACAGCUCCUCAAGGCUCCAGGAAUUUGCUGAUACUUUACAACAAGAGUUAGCACUCUCUCUGCCUGAUCACAUACAAGUCAGAGAAGGAAGGAGUGGAAUUAAGUUGCAUGCAACUGUAAUGAACUCAAGCUUCAAAGAUGCACCUCCUGUUUCUCAUUCUAAUAAUAGGAGAGGAUAUUACAAGAAGGAGAGGUUUGAUGCUAGUGAGAUAAUGAAGCAUUUGUCUCAGUUUGAGUUUGGGUGUCUGCCACUGUCAGAGAUACGUUUGUUAAAUAGAGGAGAAAAAGAUCCUAGCACUGGAUUGUAUAAGUGUACUGAAACAUUUAAACUAAUACAAUAAAAUCACUGAAAAACUAUUGUGUUGUUGUAAAAAAGUAAAAACUAUUCUCAGUAAUAUUAGUUCAAUGUA